AUGUGCCACUUUUCCAGGUUCCUCACUCACACUGCUGGUGUGAUUUCCAUUUUUUUGUCAUAGGGUGCUGGCAGAUUAGGGGCCUACCAUUGCUGCUGCAGCAGGCCCGUAAUCUGCCCAUGGGCCCCUGUUACCGGCCUCCUCAUGCUGCUGCCAAGGUCCAGAGUGUCUCAUGGGUCCCUGUACGGGCCUCCCCAUUGCUGCAGUCGUCCAUCGCCACAAUGCUCUGCCAUGUCCACUUUCAGGUCUCCUCACAUACUGCUGGUGUGUUUUUCCAUUUUUUGUCAUAGGGUGCUGGCAGAUUACGGGACUUCCCAUUGCUGCUGCCAGGCCCGUAAUCUGCCAUGGGCCCCUGUACCGCCUCCUCAUGCUGCUGCCAGGUCCAGAGUUGUGUCAAAUGGGUCCCUGUACGGCCUCCAUUGCUCGCAUGUCUCCAUCGCACACACUCUGCCAUGUGCCACUUUCAGGUCUCCUCACACACUGCUGGUGUGGUUCCAUUUUGUGUCAGAGGGUGCU